AAAGGCAAGACAAAACAUGAAUACAAAAAGGUAAACAUAUAUUGGCUAUAAAACAAUAUAGAAAUUUCAGUAAAAGUAGCAACUAUAGGCUACAAGACAAUCAUUUUGACCCAUUAUCCUUUUAUUUUAUGUGUAGGCUAUACUCUAUUGUGCAGUUUUUUCCACGUCGUUUAAUUUAAUGUUACUGCACGACACAUUUUCAGCAUCUGGCUUUAGUUUUUAGUUUACAGUCUCACAGUUAUAUUUACCACAUCUUUGGUUAUUUCUGCGAGAGUAAUAUUUCAGACAGCACUUAAAUGCAGCACAACAUCUGCCAGCGCGUUUGGGACGAUCCUGUGAGGCAGGACCCGCCUCCUUCUCCUGCACUUGUCAAAGGCCACUGAUCGCCAAUUACAUCACAGUUGUGCCCACAGACGCACACGCAAAUAACACCGGGACAACCUGCCUACUGAAUUCAUAUACAGACAGGCCAUUUUUUAAGCUCACUUUAAUUAGAUGCCACAAUGUUGCCUUUCAAGAGAACUUUUGAGAGCGAAAAACAACAGCUGCAAGAGCUCAACAGUAGACUUGUUCAGUAUCUUUCAAGAACGAAGCAACUGGAGCAGGAAAAUGCACAUCUUAUUACUGAAAUAAAUAAACUCAGACAAGCGAAGACGGCGGAAUGGGAGCUGAAGUACAAGGAAGAGAUGCGGGAUCUGAGGAGAAUGGUGGGGCAGCUGUCGUUAGAAAAGUCCCAGGCAGAGAUGGAGAAGGAGAAGCUAUGGCGGGAGUUGCAGAUGGUCCAGUCUCUGUGCAGCGAGCAGACUGAGGUGUGCAACGACAUCAGUGGCGAGCUGAAAAGCUGCGGGAGGGAGCUUCACCACGCUCACAAGACCAAUAGUGAACUCCAGCAGCGUUUAUUUCAACUAGAGAACGAGUAUAAAUGCUUAGAGGAUGCGCACAGACGAGAUAAGGACCAUCUCCGGCGUCAGAUGGAGUCCCGGGUGGUACCCAUCAUCACGCAAACUUAUCGCGGACCUCCGGCGGCCUCCAUGGAAGAGGUGCAAGAGUAUGCCCGCGGUCUGUCCGAAGGAUGGAUUGAGACAUUUGAAAUGUACCAGCAGAAGGUGGAAGAGAUGGAGCAGUCGAUUAAAGCGGACCAGGCGAUGCUGAGUGAUCUGCAGAGGGAAAAGAUGCUGUAUGCCUCAGAGUUGGACAAAUUACGCACAGAGGCGGAAAAACAAGGCCAGAUUCAAUCGCGUCUUGAAGAACAACUGAUGCACAUGCAGGAAAAAUUCCGGGUGGAGUUCGGUGAUUAUCAGAUGAUUAUUGAGCAGCUGGAACACGAGAGGAACAUGAUGGCUGACACUAUUGCAGAAAAGAUGCAAGAGCAUCAACACCUUCUCCAGGUUAAGAUGGAUCUGGGCAUGGAGGUGGCUACCUACAGGGCACUCCUGGAAGGUGAGAGAGUGGGUCUGCCAGAUGCUCAUAGGAAGGUGACUCAACAUCAAAGAGAAAGAAUAAUAGAUAUCAAGAUGCCUGCCCAUCCCUACACUCCAAGAGCUUCCACCUUAACCACCAGACAACAUAAUGAUAUCAGGUACAAGGCACUGACUUCAAACCUGAGAAGAUCCCCUGUGCCUCCCUCUGGGUCUAUAAGUCCCUCUAGGGUCAUUCCUAUUUCAGUUGCAGGCAGAGCUCGGUAUCAGAGUCCUGCAUCCAGAAGGGACAUGAUCUCAUUCACCAAAGCUCAGGCUGCCACUUCUGCCCCUGCAACCAGUACCGCCACCAAAGAUAAACAAAUGGGCCAGAGUGAAAACCAAAUUAUUCAAAAUGUGCAGAAAACAACAGAGGAGAAAACAGUGAAAAUCAAACAGGUCUAUCAGGUAGAGAACCAAGUCAGUCCCAUCAAGUCCUCCGCUACAGAGACCAAAUCAGUGAGAGUGGUGUCACCACCAAUGAUGAGCAUGAAAACUGAGACAGAAAGCAAAAAGAAAGUGUCAGAUGAAAAAGAGAAAGAUAAUGUUUAUGGAGACGAGAUCAAAGAUAAGGGGAAAACAGAGUCUAUGAUAGCCCCAAGUGAGAAAAAGAUAUUAGACUCUGUGUCUGUGGAGGAGAUCAUUGAGAAAGUGAUAAAACCAGCAGGUUUGGAAGCUCAGGUUUGCUCCUCGGGAGAAUCGAAGGUAAGGUAUCAUGUGGAGAAAACUGAGCAGGAAGAUGGCACGACUAAGACGCAGAUUGUGCUGGAGUCCAAAGUGGAGGAAGAGCUGGAUUUUUCUGAGGACUCAGCACUGGAGGAACUACUGAGCCAAGGGGUUAAGAUGGUGUCACUGGAAGACAUCAAGGACACAGCAACAGGAAGCAUGAUCAAGAACCUGCUAAGUGGCCUGCAGGGAGGCGAAGGCCUGGAAAAUAAGUCUGUCAAUGUGGAAAUCAUUGAGGAACCACUGGAGUCUCACAGUGAUGAGGAGAUUGAGGUUGAACAGAAGUCCAUAUCUAGUUUUUAUGAGCCCUCCUCAACAUAUUUCCAAAUUGAGGAGCUAGAAAAUGUCCCUCAUGAUGCUCAGUUUCAGAGGAGUGAUGGUGAUGCCAUGAAAACCUCCAUGACAGAUACAGAUCAUUGCAAGGGUGGAUCUGUACAAGUUCAAGAGGUUUCUAGAGAGAGUGAAUCUUCAUAUUUCUCCCAUGACCAAGAGCCUCACGAGUAUUUUGUCUCCACACCAGAUGAUAAUCUUUCUGAACCCGAGGAGGGUAGUGGCAUUACCUCAUAUGGCCAUUAUGGUAUCGUAGAUGACCUGUCAGAUGAGAGGUAUUAUCAAGAUGAAGACCUUCCCCCGAAAAGAGUGACAGUAGAGGAAAGUGACGAAUACAAGUUCAUGUCAGGUGAUCACACGUUUGUCAAAGAGAGUUUCCCAGAGUGCAUCAUUGAAGAAGAGGUCCGUGUCUCCCCUAUAGUGCAGGAGUCAAUGCUUGAAUUCCUGAGAGAGGACUCUUUGGAGCCCAAAGAUCAGCUGAAGGGAGCUCUAGAGAAGCUGCAAAGCUCAGUGUCGGGUCCACUGAGGGAGGAGUUGGUUUUCCUCACAAAAGUGAGUAGUGAAAGUCCACAGAAUGUGGCUGUCGAUGUCAAAAAAGUGCAACAGUCAAGUGACAAUGGCACCAUGACUAUAGUUGCAGAGUUGAACGUGUCUCAAACCCUGGAAGACUCUGGGCUGCUGGAGGCAGAUAUCAGAUCUUCUGACCUAGGGCUUGAGAAAGCCUUCCAGGGUGGGGCAGGAGAAGGAUACAGCUUCAGAGUCUCCAAAGAAGAGGAUGUUGCAUAUGGUGAAGAGUUUGAAGUCUUCACUCACAAAGGAGAGUCUGCUUCUGAAAUAACUGAGAGACAUAUCAAACUGGGGCCAUCAGAAAAGUCCUUCACCUUCCAGAUGGACGUACAGGGCAGCCAUGCUGAGGUGGCCUCAGAGCAAGAGAUGCAAUCUCAAAUCUUGGAGACCCCGGUGAAGAUUUCUCAAGAGAAAAGAGUUGCAACAGUUUACCUUGAAAGCCCGACAGAUGACUAAGAAAAAAUUCAGUCAAAAAUAUUUUCAAACUCAGUACUUGCCAAUGUUACUUGUUGAGGUGCACAUACAGAGGUUGCUCUGACGCAGCAGGCCACACACAUGGCAUUAAUGCUGUUUGCAGACACAGUAAUAAUGCUUUAAGUUUUGCAGUUAAACAUUAUAUAUCUAAUUGAUUUUGGUGCACUCUUUUACUGUACCUACUUAGAGUGUGUCACCUAAAACUUGGUGUACCUAACAGCACUUCACGAUUCAAGCAAAAUUCAGUUAUUCAGUUAAAAUGACCAGAAUAAUACAUAUUUUUAUGGUAUUAACGGUGGCAGUACUAAUAUUAAAAAAAUACUGAGUGCUAACUAAUAUGGACUAGCUUAAACUGGGAUUGUAACAUCUACAUAUUAUAGCAAUUUCUUAUCUUGGUCAAUACUGAUGGAGUAGUGCACUGGUAUGUGUUAACCUUUUUAUAGCUUGCAGUUUAUCUUUGAAGAGAUUUGUUUAUUCUCUCUAGAUUUCUCUAUUUUUGUAUUAACCUGUGCUGUACACAGCUUAAACAGCCCAUUCUGCAGUGUACAGCUUAAACAGCCCAUUUCUGUAGUUUACAGCACCCCAUCACAUCAACCAUCACAUCAUGGCUGUGUCUGCCACGUUGUUGAAUCUACUUGGUCCAUAUUUAAUGCAAGCCAACAUAUGACAGUUUAAGUUAUGAGGUGCUGUGCACUGUUUGCAGAUUGGGCCUUUAAUUUUUCUUUUGACUUGGGCACUGCUGCCAAAUGGAAUGGUUUUAGUAUAUACUGUGUUCUGGAACACCAUAGUUUAUUUUACAGUAGUCAGUGAUGAGUACAGAAUAUAGUUAAGCUUGAAGCUGAGGACAGUGUAGUGGGAGUGGAGAAAAAGAUAGUAUUUUGUCUUAAUUUGCAGGAAUUUGCUGAAAUCAAGGUGUAGUGCAAGUAAAUGCGCACUUAAAAGUGGUUAAGUAACUUUCAAAGUUAGGUAUUUUCAGAUUAUUUAAUUUACUCACAACUAAUGGUACAUAACACAUUUUGAUUAAUUAGAAAAUAAUUGCCAAUUAUAUAACCAAAGCCGGGUUACAUGAUCAAUGUAAUCAAUGUGAAACAGUUUUGUAAAAUGUGUAUCUUUACAUGGUAUGUGUCAAUACCAUACAUUUCUAAUUUCCCAAAAGUGAACAUUUUGAUCUGAACAUGUGAUUAGGGAAUUGGGAAUUAAAAAAAUCCAAAAAAGGGCUGCCAAUUUGAAAAGCGAAUAGUAAGAUAAAAAGAAAAGAAGUAGCAUGAUCUUAAUUCAAAGGAUUCAGCAAUAGUGUUGUUAAAGAAAAUAUAAUCACAUCCAAUUUAUGUACAGUAUGUAUGUCUUGUCUGGACGCCUUUUGCUCAUAUCUGCUCGACAUUUGCUGGUUAUCACAGUGUUGGCUUGAAGGAUUCACCUUUGCUCUAACAUAAGAGUGUGUUCAUGGCUGUGACUAUUUUUGGAUCAUCAGCUUAGUGGCACUGACUGUCCAUUAGGGUUUGUUGUGUUCUAGUUGCAAAGGUAGAAAUGGUCCACUAUAAUUACAGUCUGGUUACAUGUUUAGCACAUUUCUCUAAGUGGCUGCAAAAUUUACACUUUAACUAACCUACUAUUGAACAAUGUCUUCACAGAUUAGCUUUUUGGCAAAAAAUGUGCAGAAAUGCAAUGUUUAGUGUAUAUGUCAUGCUUUUAUGAAUAUGUUCAUUGUUAGAAAUCUACAAAAUGAAACCUUAAUUAAAAAGAUCUGUUGCAUUUAAGUGCCCAGAUACAGCAUAUUUCCAUACAUGAUCUCAUCUGCAAACUGCAAUAAUAUAAAACAAUAUAAUAAAAACAAAAACACUAUUACAUCAGUGCACUUAAAUAAGGAAAUCUGUGUUAGGUUACUGUAUAUGUAUGUACACAGUGUAAUCUGGAUACCAUGUGCCAUUUCAUAGCAUAAAAAAUAUGUACAUCAGCAUACAUAAAAUCUAUUGAUGUAUAAAGAUUGUUUAUUGAGUCAAAUGUUCAAUAAGUGUUUGUCACCAUGGACAACCCAACAUCAUUGCUUUUAUUGACAUAAUGAUUUCUACUGAACAAAUGGCAUUAUUGCUUUGGUUAAAAAGGUUCCAGCUCCUGUUUGGGAAUUGAUUCAUAUCUUAACCCAAUUAAAACCUAUUGUGGGUA